UUUUUUUUUUUUUCUUUCAGAAGCUCACAUUUCACUAAAAUGUGAGCAGUACACUUUGACUGUUCUAUUUUUCUACUUUAAUGACCUCUUAUGAUAGGCAAAGCUAUUUCAUGCUAGAAAAAUCUGUAAUCUUCAAGUGGGUCCCUUUAUAGAGCUGUUUAUAGUCUUUCAGUGCGUUUGUUUGAAAGUAAAGGGCAUGCAGGUUAAAACCCCCAAGCAUUGCCUUUGUAUUGAGAAGGACUAGAAAAUAAUGUGGAAGAAACCGGGAAUUUUCUGUAAUUCCUUUUUACCGUGCAUGGUGUUUCCUGUGGGAAGAUGGGGAAAGGCUUUCCUGAGGUGUUAUGGUAUAAUAAUUAAGACUUCUGACAGAUAGACUUUCAUUUUCAUCUAUUUAUUUAUUUAUUUACUUAACCAAAAGAAGAAUCAGCUCCAAAUCCACGGAACGCUGCUUGGAGAAAAACCUUUUGGCUAUCCGUGAGGCAUCCGACGCUUUAAGAGCAAAGCUAAGAUUCCGGGAGUCAUUUCCGAUUAUGUAAAGGGAGAUUCUGUGCGUUUGAUCCGCGCCUGCGGCGCUGGCAGCUCCUGUGCCCCGCGCUCCGCCAGCGCCGGGCUCUGCCCCAUCCUCCCCAUCACCGAUUUGAGGCUGGUCCUAAACGAGCCUGGGAGCUUCCCUGAGCCUGGCACGGCGCUCCCAGGGCUGCCCAGGCCAUGGCUGGGGGCACCCCUGGCGCUCCCAGGCAGCCAGGAGCAGAUGCUUAGCCCGCUGCUCCCGCUCCUGCUGCAAGGUGCAGAGGAAGAAAUGACCAUGUAGAUUCUACAGCUUGGGUGCAACAUAAUGGGAAAUGGUGAAUGGAGUGGAGCUGGUCUGCAGCCUUGAGAGCAGCCAUUCUGUGACCUCCAGUCUGUCAGGGACACCCUCCGCGCCAGGGGCAUCCUCCACGUCGCUCGCCGGACACACGCGGGAUUCUUUUUAAUUUCUCCGAUUUGGAAUUCGAGAUUCCUCUCCUUCAAUUUUUAAACAGUUUUAAGAUUGUAUCAACUACAACGAGUGGAGCAAUAUAACCAGCCACAAUGGGUGACAUGACAAAUAGCGAUUUUUAUUCCAAGAACCAAAGAAAUGAGGCCAACCAUGCAGGAGAGUUUGGGUGCACACUGCAGGAACUGCGCUCCCUCAUGGAACUCCGAGGGACAGAAGCAGUAGUAAAAAUUAAAGAGACUUAUGGGGAAACAGAGGGGCUCUGCAGACAUCUGAAGACAUCACCAACAGAAGGAUUAGCUGGCACUGCUGCAGACCUAGAAAAAAGAAAGCUUAUUUUUGGAAAAAAUUUUAUACCUCCAAAGAAGCCAAAAACAUUCAUACAGCUAGUUUGGGAAGCGUUGCAGGAUGUGACUCUUAUAAUCUUGGAAAUUGCAGCCAUCAUAUCUUUGGGGCUUUCCUUUUAUCAGCCACCUGGAGAAGGGAAUGAAGGGUGUGGUACUGCGACAGGAGGAGCUGAGGAUGAGGGGGAGGCCGAAGCUGGCUGGAUUGAAGGUGCUGCCAUCCUUCUGUCUGUCAUCUGUGUUGUCCUGGUCACUGCCUUCAACGACUGGAGCAAGGAGAAGCAGUUCCGGGGGCUGCAGAGCCGCAUCGAGCAGGAGCAGAAGUUCACCGUGGUGCGAGGGGGACAGGUCAUCCAGAUCCCCGUGGCGGAGAUCGUGGUUGGGGACAUUGCACAGGUCAAAUACGGUGACCUUCUACCUGCUGAUGGGAUAUUUAUUCAAGGAAAUGAUCUCAAAAUCGAUGAGAGCUCUUUGACUGGAGAGUCCGACCAGGUCCGCAAAUCCGUGGACAAAGACCCGAUGCUGCUGUCAGGCACCCAUGUCAUGGAAGGCUCUGGGCGGAUGCUGGUGACUGCUGUGGGGGUGAAUUCUCAGACUGGCAUCAUCUUCACUCUGCUGGGAGCUGGGGGAGAAGAGGAGGAGAAGAAAGACAAGAAAGCCAAGCAGCAGGACGGGGCUGCUGCCAUGGAGAUGCAGCCGCUGAAGAGUGCGGAAGGGGGAGAGGGAGACGACAAGGACAAGAAGAAGUCCAACAUGCACAAGAAGGAAAAAUCCGUCCUGCAGGGAAAGCUGACCAAGCUGGCAGUACAGAUUGGCAAAGCAGGUCUGGUGAUGUCUGCCAUCACUGUCAUCAUCCUGGUACUGUAUUUUGCCAUUGACACCUUUGUGGUCAACAAGAAGCAGUGGUUGCCUGAGUGCACUCCUGUCUACGUUCAGUAUUUUGUUAAAUUCUUCAUUAUUGGUGUUACUGUGCUCGUGGUUGCUGUUCCUGAGGGACUCCCACUUGCUGUCACUAUUUCUCUGGCUUAUUCUGUAAAGAAAAUGAUGAGGGAUAACAACCUGGUGCGGCACCUGGACGCCUGCGAGACCAUGGGCAACGCCACGGCCAUCUGCUCGGACAAGACGGGCACGCUGACCACCAACCGCAUGACCGUGGUGCAGGCCUACGUGGGCGACGUCCACUACAAGGAGAUCCCCGACCCCGACUCCAUCCCUGCCAAAACCAUGGAGCUGCUGGUCAAUGCAAUUGCUAUCAACAGUGCUUACACGACAAAAAUUCUGCCACCAGAAAAAGAGGGCGGGCUGCCUCGUCAGGUGGGCAACAAGACAGAGUGUGGCCUCUUGGGGUUUGUCCUGGAUCUGAAGCAGGAUUACGAGCCCGUCCGGAGCCUCAUCCCCGAGGAGAAGCUCUACAAAGUUUACACCUUCAACUCCGUGAGGAAGUCCAUGAGCACGGUCAUUAAAAUGCCAGACGGCAGCUUCCGCAUGUACAGCAAAGGAGCCUCCGAGAUUGUUCUCAAGAAGUGUUCCAGGAUCCUCAACGCCGCUGGGGAACCGCGGAUCUUCAGACCCCGCGACAGGGACGAGAUGGUGAAGAAAGUGAUCGAGCCCAUGGCCUGUGAUGGGCUGAGGACCAUCUGUGUGGCCUUCAGAGACUUCCCCAGCAGCCCCGAGCCCGACUGGGACAACGAGAACGAUAUCUUAUCUGACCUGACUUGCAUCUGUGUCGUUGGCAUUGAAGACCCAGUAAGGCCAGAGGUGCCAGAAGCCAUCCGGAAGUGCCAGCGAGCCGGGAUCACCGUGCGCAUGGUCACCGGGGACAACAUCAACACUGCGCGUGCCAUCGCCAUCAAAUGUGGCAUCAUCCACCCUGGAGAGGACUUCCUCUGCCUCGAGGGGAAGGAGUUCAACAGGAGGAUCCGAAAUGAGAAGGGAGAGAUCGAGCAGGAACGGAUUGACAAAAUCUGGCCAAAGCUCCGGGUGCUUGCUCGCUCUUCCCCCACGGACAAACACACUUUGGUGAAAGGUAUUAUUGACAGCACACAGGUGGAACAGAGGCAGGUGGUAGCUGUGACUGGGGAUGGAACCAACGAUGGACCAGCACUUAAAAAAGCUGAUGUUGGCUUUGCAAUGGGCAUUGCGGGCACGGACGUGGCCAAGGAGGCCUCGGACAUCAUCCUGACGGACGACAACUUCAGCAGCAUCGUCAAGGCCGUCAUGUGGGGCCGCAACGUCUACGACAGCAUCUCCAAGUUCCUGCAGUUCCAGCUCACGGUCAACAUCGUGGCUGUCAUCGUGGCCUUCACCGGCGCCUGCAUCACCCAGGACUCCCCCCUGAAGGCCGUGCAGAUGCUGUGGGUCAACCUGAUCAUGGACACGUUCGCCUCGCUGGCGCUGGCCACGGAGCCGCCAACCGAGGCACUGCUGCUGCGCAAACCCUACGGCCGCAACAAGCCGCUCAUCUCCCGCACCAUGAUGAAGAACAUCCUGGGCCACGCCGUCUACCAGCUCACCCUCAUCUUCACCCUGCUCUUUGUCGGUGAGAAAAUGUUUAAGAUUGACAGUGGGAGGAACGCCCCUCUUCACUCUCCUCCUUCUGAGCACUACACCAUCAUCUUCAACACCUUUGUCAUGAUGCAGCUCUUCAACGAGAUCAAUGCCCGCAAGAUCCACGGCGAGAGGAACGUCUUCGACGGCAUCUUCAGAAACCCCAUUUUUUGCACUAUUGUCCUGGGCACAUUCGCCAUUCAGAUAGUAAUUGUCCAGUUUGGAGGAAAACCAUUCAGCUGUUCUCCCCUGCAGCUGGACCAGUGGAUGUGGUGUGUAUUUAUUGGAUUAGGAGAGCUGGUGUGGGGUCAGGUCAUUGCAACCAUCCCAACAAGUAGGCUAAAGUUUUUAAAGGAGGCAGGGAGGCUCACUGAGAAGGAGGAGGUCCCUGAGGAAGAGCUCAAUGAAGAUGUUGAAGAAAUAGAUCAUGCAGAGAGAGAGCUCCGACGUGGACAAAUCCUCUGGUUCCGAGGGCUCAACAGAAUCCAAACCCAGAUCCGCGUCGUGAAGGCAUUCCGUAGCUCUCUCUAUGAAGGUUUAGAAAAACCAGAAUCUAGAACCUCUAUUCACAACUUUAUGACUCAUCCUGAAUUUAGGAUAGAAGAUUCCCAGCCCCACAUCCCACUCAUUGAUGACACAGACCUAGAAGAAGACCCUGCUCUCAAGAAAAACUCGAGUCCACCGUCCUCGCUGAACAAGAACAACAGUGCUAUCGACAGUGGAAUCAAUCUUACAACUGAUACAAGUAAAUCAGCUACCUCUUCUAGUCCAGGAAGCCCAAUACAUAGCCUGGAGACAUCACUUUAGCUGAAAAGGCCACUGCAAAAAGAAAAAAAAAAAAAGAAAUAUAAAAAGUUAAAGUAAAAUAAAAUAAGAAACCCCACAGCAACCGAGAUAUAUAAAUAUAUAUAUUAAAAACAUUGCUGGCUGAAAAGCUGUUUGAACUCUUAUUCACUCUGAGACAAGUGAAUGAAUUGUUGAUCACAAUGGUUCUGGGGAAAGAAUGAAUGGCUGAUUUACAUACCCCCCAUUCCCUUUCAGAAAAACAAAAACAAAAAAAAAAUCCUCCUGCAUGAAUGUACUGUACACUGCUGGCCCUUCUUUCUCUCUUUUUGUUUGUUUUUAUUUCCUUUUUGGUUUUUUUUUUCUUUUGUUUUUUUCCUCCUUAAGCAGGAACUGCAGAGGACUUCUUUCUGAGGCUAUUUAUCCAAUUCACUGGUCUGUGAGUUUUUGAAAUGCUUGUGUGGCAUGGACUCAAUUGUAUAGAUUAAUUUAAAUAACUUUUUUGAAGUUGCGAAGCUUAACUUGCACAGUAGAUUUGCACCAGUUGGACAGAGGAACUUAAACAUUUAUGAGACUAUAUAUAGAGAUAUAUACAUAUAAGUAUAUAGAUAAUUAAUUAUAUAUAUGUAUAUAUCUAUCUAUAUAUAUAUAGUUAUAUAUAUAUAAAGUUUCUUUGUUGGCAUGUUGCCUUGUUUCUGCUCAAAUUGCUCUGACUAUUUUAACUUAUUUAUGUCCUAAAAAAGAAUGUAAUUUGUUUACAAACCUGUAGAUAAUAUCCUUAACUAUUUGUAGGGUUAAGAAAGCACUUCCUGCCGAAGUAGUAUAAAAAUGGCUCAGCUCAGCUCAUUGAAAAUGUCUGUACUCUCGCACCCUGGAUAUUUUAUUACAACCGUGCUCUGAUUUCUGCCUGAUUUCUUUUUUGGGGUUUUUUUUUGGUCUUUUUUUUUUUUUUGUUAAUAAUGUAGAUACUGCUAGUAAAUAACAAAAGAAGCCAAAAUAUAACACAUUGGAUGUAGCAUUGUGAUCCUAUAUACAGGGAGGUAAACCAGGCUUCCUUUGUUUCAAAUAAAAAUCAAAAUGAUCAGGUUCUCUCCUUUUAUUUUUUUCCUUCCUUCCCUCUGAUAAUCUGCUUGAACUCGUUUUGGUGCAACAUACAAUAAUGGAGGCUAUUUCAUUCUUCAGACAUACAGCAAUGGCUUCGGAAACUAUUUUUAGAGAGACAUUAAAUGAGUUUAUAAUUUGAAAUAACUUAUAUUUGGUUUGUCUAUAUGGAGAUAAAAGAAAUGUUAAAAUCUUGUGAUAUACUGUGUUAAUCCUUUUCAAUUAGUACUUUAGGCAUUUAUUUCCUUAUUAUUUGCAAAGUACGGGCUGUUGGCAUUUUGGAUGAAAAUCACUGUAGGUUGUUGCUUUGAUUUUUUUUAAACAAAAAUAUAAUUUCUGAACUAUUAGGACUGAACAAAUCUUUAUUAAUUGUGUAUUGAGAUGUGCUUUGUGUGAUUUUUUUUUAAUCAAGCUUGUGUUCCUGCAGUAACACAGUAAUACAUUAUUUUACCUUGAGCUUUCUACCAAGAAAGCUGCUUUGAAAACCUGCAGUAUGGAAGGCGACAAACAUUUUUCAAGAUGGUAACAGCCCUAAAGACGUAAAAAUUAUGAGCUUAUACAAUUGCUAUGUUAACCACUUGAAUGCUAAGCACUUUGUGGAUCACAGAUUUUUCAUAAAUAAUUUUUGUAUUUAAUAUAAAGUUUGCUUGGAGACUUUUCAGCAUAUGAUUUUUUCCAUAACUGUACAGUGCAAAAGACAUUUGGAGUUCCACAAUCGAUUAUGCCAGGCGUGUCGGAACAAAACACUCUCCAACCCUCUCGAUCCGUUGAGUCGUUAAGGUGUCUUUCUGGUUGUCCUAAAGUUGGCUCCAUAGAGUGGUGCAUCUCUGCAGUCACAGCAGCUUAACCAAGCCAGAACUCUCCAAACCAAGCUUAGACUCAUGGCCAAACUGCAGACUGACCCCGAUUUCGGGGUGCAUCAGGACUCUCAGCAGGUAAAGCUCUGAGCAGUUCCCUUGCCGGCGGCCGGACCCCAUGCUGGGAGCGCCGCUGGCUGGGCUCAGCCUCAGCCCCGUGGCACUGGCAGGUGCCCAGGGGAGCAGGGCACUGCCAGGCACCAGCCACGGCAGGAAGGUGCUCUGUACCCGGGGGUUCCCCUGCACACCCGCAGCGGCUCCCCAGCGCCUCGGGCAGCUCUGGCCAGAAGACAAAAGCGGUAUCUAUUGACAGGGAAGCCUCUAGCUUUGGACUUGAACAUCUACAGAAGCUAUUAAUACUGGAACGGUUUCUUUUCAGCAUCUUAACACACUGACUGUUUGCCUUUUUGUUUUCCAACACUCUUCAUAUGUUUUCUCGGUUCCAUUUUUUUUUUUAUUUUUGAAUUUUUUCCUGUAGGAGUACCCCUCCCUAAGGUACCAUUCGCAGACUUGAAAACUGUUAAGAAAAUGAACACUGCAUUCUGUGUAUAUAUAGUAAAACAUAUAUAAACUGAGAUGCAUAGAAAACUUGGGCUUUUGUGAGCAGAGACUGUGCUUUAUGUAUAUGAUAAAUGAUAGACUUUUUUUUUUUUUUAAAGCAGAAUAGCUAUGACCUUUCAACUACAAGUCGUGCAUCACAAUUCCUUUCUUUUAUUGCUUGACCUCUCUGUGAUGGGAACAAUGGAUCAAAAACCAAAAUGAUCAGUUUGUUAAAAUUCCCUGCAAUAUAUAAAUGCUCGCUCUCUACGUACUGUACUUAGCAGCAUGAGAUUUGUGGACAACAAUACAGUGGUACAUUGGCAAUCCAUCCCACUAGGGGUUAUUAAUAUAUGUUCAUUCAUCUGUUUUUAUGAAUUUUUUUAUCUAGACAAUAAUUGUAAAUAAAGAACUUACUCUGUCUGUUCAUUUAAUACUAUGCAAAAGGUUAUGCUUUCUAUUGUUAUUCUUAUUCCUACAGUGUGAUGCUGGAAUGUUUGUGGUUUCAAAAAAAAAAACAAACAAAAAAGACAAAAGUAAGUAAAAUAUGUGAUGUAAAUUAUUUUAUAGUUUGAAACAAAAUGAUAAAGAUUUACUCUUGCUGCUUUCUGUCUAAUAGAUCUCUCUUGGCAGGAGCACAAGUGGAAAAUUUAAAGAAAUAAAUUCACGAAGCAGCAUGAACAAUAA